CCACCUUGCCAAUAACCCCUAUAUAUAUUCCAAAUUAAAUAAAGAAAAAUAAGCUUGUAAACAUGAUUAUGGCUCUUAUACAUUUCCUAGAGAAACUCCCAAUAAUCAAUUCCCUCUCUUUAAUCCUCUUGUUAAGCUUCUUAAUCAUCCUCUACAAAUGGAUAUAUUCAACUAAUUACAAUCAUGCUAACAACAAAUUAAACAAACCACCCUACCCACCAAAACUCCCUAUCCUAGGAAACUUGCACCAACUUGGUAAACUACCUCACCACUCCUUAAGAUCCUUAUCACGGCAAUAUGGAGACCUCAUGCUCCUACACAUCGGCAGCAAGGCGACAAUCGUGGCGUCUUCAGCCGGUACAGCUAGGGAGAUAAUGAAGACUCAUGACAUAGUAUUUGCAAAUAGACCAAGUUUAAAAGUUGCUAGGAAAAUCAUGUAUGAUGGUAAGGGCAUAGCCUUUGCUAGCUAUGGAGAGUACUGGAGGCAAAUGAAGAGUAUGUGCGUUCUUCAUAUGCUUAGUAACACAAAAGUCCGGUCUUUUCGACGUGUUAGGGAGGAAGAGGCUCAAGUAAUAGUUAAAAAGAUUAGUAAUAUGAGAUUAUUACAAGAAGAAGUGAACUUAAGUGAUGUGUUAAUUGGCUUAACAAAUGAUGUGAUAUGCAGAACAGCUUUUGGAAGGAAAUAUACAGGGGAAAAAGGUUGUGAAAAUAUUAAGGAGUUGUUAGGUGAUUUUUCUGAGGCAUUAGGAACGUUUUGUAUGGAAGAUUUUGUGCCGUGGUUGAGUUGGAUUGAUUGUUUGAGGGGUGUAAAUCGUAAGGCAGAUAAAGUUGCAUUUGUUCUUGAUGAGUUUAUUGAAAAGAUUGUUCAAGAACAUAUUGAUCGACAAAAUUUACAGACUGAUGAAACAGAUGAAGGUGAUAAAGGAGAGAAAUUGCAGGAUUUUGUUGAUAUUUUGCUUGAAAUUCAAAGAGAGAAUUCAACUGUGCUUCCUAAAGAGAGUGUUAAAGCCAUUCUAUUGGAUAUGCUUUCUGCAGCAACAGACACAACAUACACGCUGCUAGAAUGGGCGAUGGCAGAGCUACUAAAGCAUCCUCAAGCAAUGAAACAACUGCAAGACGAAGUGAGGGAAUGUAUCAGCCGCAGUGGAAAGAAAAGAGUCGACGAGGAUGAAGUGAAGAACAUGAAGUACUUAAAAGCUGUAAUCAAAGAGACACUAAGGCUACAUCCUCCACUUCCUUUGCUUGUGUUUCGCGAAUCAUCUCAAGAUGUUAAGGUCAAUGGCUAUGACAUUGCAGCCGGGACACAGGUCAUCAUCAAUGCUUGGACAAUCCAAAGAGACUCGGCUUCUUGGGAUGAACCUGAGGAGUUUCUUCCAGAGAGGUUCUUGAAUUCUUCAGUGGACUUCAGAGGACAAGACUUUGAAUUCAUCCCGUUUGGUGCAGGUAGACGAAGUUGUCCUGGGAUAUCGUUUGGAAUUGUUGAUGCAGAGCUUGUACUAGCAACUCUUGCUUACGAGUUUGAUUGGAAGUUGCGUGAAGGCUAUGCUUUUAACUUGUUUGAGGGUUUGGGUGUUACAAUUCGCAAGCGCGAUCCUAUUGUAGUCAUUCCAAUUCCUUAUUCAAGCAAGUAUUAACAUACAAGUAUUAGGCUCAAAUCGCUCAAUAAUGAUAGAGCCAAGAUAUCAAAUUUAUCUUUCCUUGUAUACAUUAAGUCAAUUUCAUAAGACCUUAAUAAUUUGGUAAUUAAGUUAUUACAUAAUUAACUACUA